AGGGGCGGCGCCGAGAGCAACGCGAGGAGAAGGAGCGAAGGGCGGCCUGAGGCCUCCGCCAUCGCCGCCAGCAUGGAAGGAGGCGCGGGGAACUCGAAGGGGUCCGGAUUCGCCGGCCUCUUCGGCGCUGGAGGAGUGGCGGGGCCGGGCUAUUCCCACGCCGACCUGGCCGGCGUCCCUUUGACUGGAAUGAAUCCCUUGUCCCCCUAUUUAAAUGUUGACCCCAGAUAUCUUAUACAGGAUACAGAUGAAUUCAUUUUACCUACUGGAGCUAGUAAAACCAGGGGAAGAUUUGAAUUGGCGUUCUUUACAAUUGGCGGAUGUUGUAUUACCGGAGCUGCUUUUGGGGCAUUAAAUGGCUUGAGACUAGGUUUGAAGGAGACACAAAACAUGGCUUGGUCCAAACCUAGGAAUGUACAGAUUUUAAAUAUGGUGACACGGCAAGGAGCAUUGUGGGCAAACACUCUUGGAUCUCUAGCGUUGCUCUACAGUGCCUUUGGCGUCAUCGUGGAGAAAACACGGGGGGCCGAAGAUGACCUCAACACAGUUGCAGCCGGCACCAUGACAGGGAUGCUGUAUAAGAGCACAGGUGGAUUGCGUGGGAUAGCCAGAGGUGGCAUUGCAGGACUCAUGCUCACAGGUCUCUACGCGCUCUAUAACAACUGGGAGCACAUGAGGGGCUCCAUGCAGCAGCAGUCCCUCUGAGCGCAGGACAGAGCCUCCACUCAUGCAGUGCAAUCAGACCUGACCCCCUUCACCAUUGCAGUACCUAGCGGACACCCAGCCACCCCCAUACUCAAGACCACCGGUUCUCACGGCUAUGGCCUGGUUCUUGAGCAGCAGCUGGUGAAAAGGGCCAUGUUAUCUGCCAAGAGGAAGAUCUCAUCUUCAUAAGCAUGUUCACUUUCGCUCAGUUUGUACAUCGAGACCAUUGCUUGAUUUGACUGUAAUAAAUGUGUGUGCUGAAAAACUGACUUCUGCGUGUCACACGGAUGUUUCUAAAAGCUCCUACCCAUAGCCCGGCCUCAGCAGAGUAUCGGGAGCCAGCAUUCAAGGUAGGUAGGAAAUACUUUGGCGCAAGGGAGACGAACGUUGCGCUCACAGUGCAUACACAAAACCAGCAGGUGUGUCAAGGGCACCACUUUCCUUUUACUGACAUGCUUGUCACACCAUAGUGUUCUUUAACAGAGUUUUCUGGAUGCUGAGCUGAAAACCUGAUCUGGUAAUUUUCGACAAUCCUUAAUAGACAUAAAGGUUGGAGUGCAUGUUUUAAGAAAGUUUGGGAAACAAUUGCUUUAAGUCUGUUUCUAGAGUGUAUAUAGACCAAGGUUUGAUGGCUUCUUUUAAGUAAAGUUCUUUCAAAAUGGA